CUUUAAAAUAUGCUUCUUUCUUGCACUCUGAUGGCUGAUUUUUGAGAAGGGGAGGUUUAAUGUAAGAAAUAGGCCUAUUCUGCAAUGCAAAGAAAGCAGCUAAGAACUUCUUCCUGAUUCUGCAAUAGAACGAUUUCAAGAAGAUCCCUUCUGAGAGAUUUUUCUUCCAUUUGAGAAUAUUUCUUGCUCGAGGAAGAAAAGAUGGCAGGUGUAAGCUCAUGUAUGAAAUACUCCAUGUUUGUCUUCAACUUUUUUUUUUGGAUAAUUGGAUGUAUUAUUCUGGGAGUCUCUAUAUGGAUACAGGUCAGCAAAAAUAUUCAAGAGGAAUUCCAUAUAGACUCAAGCAUGCUUUCUGCUGUUAAUCUCCUCAUUGCUGUGGGCUCAGUCAUUAUGGUGCUUGGGUUUCUAGGUUGCUGUGGUGCCAUGAAGGAGAGCCAGUGCAUGCUCCUCCUGUUUUUCAUUGGACUACUGAUGAUUCUGCUUCUCCAAAUUGUAGCAGGCAUUUUAGGAGCAGUAUAUAAAUCUCAGAUUGAAGGCGCCCUAAACCAGACUCUCGAGAAACAAAUUGACGCAUUGAAAAUUGCUUCAACUAAUGAUAAGGAUAUUCUGGAAGGUUUCCACAAACUUGAGAUAAAGUACAAAUGUUGUGGCUUGCUUAAGGGACAAUCAGAUUGGGGAAACAACCGUAAUACUUACCAUGGAUGUGAAUGUGAUCAGACAGACAUAGGUACAAGUUAUUGUGUUGGAAAACAGUAUGAAAAGACUUGUGCAACUGCAAUUAUAGAAAUGUUCAAGAAAAAUAUGGUUAUAGUUAUGGGGAUAGCAUUUGGACUGGCAUUUAUUGAGAUUGUUGGCAUGGUGUUUUCAAUGACCCUUUACUGUCAGAUCCAGAAAAAAUGAAACCAAGGAAAUGGUUUCUCAGCCAAAUGAGAAAACUUUGUAGAUUGAGGAAUUGGAUCUGUAGUUGGAUUUUUUUUGAAGCACCACAUACAAUUUGUAUUUGGGGUUUUGGUAAUUUGUAACCUAUUUGACUACUAAAAAAACAACAACACCGCUCUAUAUUGUGCUGACCAAAUAUAUUGUUUUCUACUCAUCUGUUUUCUGAAUUAAAGUUGAUGCUUACUUAACCAA